GUUAAGCAAGUAUUUGUUAUAAGAUCUCAUUGGUUUACGUUUUAUUGCAUUGUUUUAAAAAUACAGAGAUUUAAGCAUUUAAAUAUCUUUAUUGGAUGAUAAUAUGGUAUAACUGAGAUUUAUAAUAUAGAUAAUUUUUCUGAGCAUUAUAAUUUUGUUAUAAGAUGUCAUUGGGUUACAUGGCAAGCAUCAGAAUUUAAUCUUUUUCACCAUUUAAAUAUCAGCAUUUGCACCAAAUUGCAUAAAAUGUAGGUGUUUUUUCUUCCAUGUUUGAUCUGCAACCUAUGAUACCCCCCAAAAAUGCUUUUUUUCAUUUUCAAGAAAUGGUUUUUAUAUGUCAUGAAUUUAAAUAUUCAAAUAUGAAUGUUUUAGCAUCAGCAUGUGACAUAUAUAUUGUUUACAUGGUUGUAUUAUUGUCUGCUUUAUCUGGUCAUAUGAUUAUCAUAAUAAUCAGCAGCUAAUGCUUCAUGAUAAUGUUCAUUGUGGGUGUGUGAAGCCCUCCUGUAGAGCCGCAGAUAAGCUGUGUUUCCCUCGGUUUGUGAGGGUGAAGGUGUGAAUGGAGGAGCCGUUCACAGUCAAUAGUCUUUUGAAGUGUAAAUCUGAGUGCAGUCGAACGGUUUUAUCUGCAGGACGCUUUUAAACGACUGAGCGGGACGAUUCAGGCGCAAGAUAAGAACUGAUUCUCUCAGAAAUCAAGCUUUUGAUGAGGAUCAGAACGGAGACACAGAGUUUUCAGCCAUGUCGGACAGUGACCCGUGUGAAGACGACGGUUACCCUCUCAACCUGUCCACCAAUGGCAGGAGAAGCGGCUCUUCGGCCAAACGCCGCCGGCGUGGAAACCUCCCCAAAGAGGCGGUUCAGGUUCUGAGAGACUGGCUUUAUGAGCAUCGCUUCAACGCGUAUCCGUCAGAGCAGGAGAAGCUGAGCCUGUCUGGACAGACGCAUCUGUCCGUAUCGCAGAUCUGUAACUGGUUCAUAAACGCCCGCCGGAGGCUCCUGCCGGACCUGCUCAGGAAAGACGGCAAAGACCCCACUCAGUUUACAAUGUCACGUCGCGCCGGCAAAACCGAGAGGUCCGCCUCCCCGGAAAGCCCCGCCUCUUCGACCCGCCCCUCAGUCAUUUGCCCCGCCCCAACAUUGGACUUGAGGCUUUUGGGCAACACCGCGACUGCAAUUUUGGCCGGAGCCGGUUGCUUGUCGUCGUCCGGCGGUCACGACGGCGGCGUUCAGGCUCUGAUGCAGCUGGACACACGAGGUCUCCUGAGGCGAGAAGGUCUAACCGGUUUCCGGAGUGAAGAUCAUUACGUGACGACCAUCCCGUUCGCUUCUACCCUGGGAGCGCCGAGCCCGAGUGGGGUCCUGUUCAACACGCCACCUCCGACCCCGCCAGAGCUGUGCGCGCAAGACUUCAGCGAUCUGAAGCUGCUAGUGGACGCGGCCCUGCAACGCGCAGCCGAGCAGGAGAACUGCAGACCGAAAGAGCAACCCGACGAAGCUCGUGAGGAGUCCGUUUUGACUUCCACGGACGAAUCCAAUCCUGGACCGGCCUUGAUGGAGAGCGCAACAUUACCAGUAUCGGUUCCUGUCGUGAGCCGCUCGUUUCAAGGCCUUCCCGUGGAUCUGAGCUCAGCCGGCAAGAGCGUUACAGAACCCGCCGGCUUCACGUCUGCUGGGAUGUGGGGCGUCCGGCAACCCGGUCCACUCGCGAGCACGUGGGUUUCUCAGUACGUGCGUAAUACGGUCACGGAAGCGGUCAACUGAUCGCCGCCAAAAACUCAACUCUGUUUGUUUGCUACUUUCGAGAUCAUUGCUAGAUACUCAAAGAGCCUCUUCUCUAUGAAUAAACACCAGGAUGUAUUUUUAAAACUCUCUGCAAACCAAAACCUCUUACCUUCAACUACAUGAAGUCUACGGGCAUCCGUAAAAUCCUCUUCGAGAGUAAUCCAGCAUUUCAGAAACACCAGCCGAGCGCUACAUCUCAGGUUUACCAACAGCGUUUUACAUAGAGACGAUCCACUGUAGUUGCCUGUUUGCAUCAGCAUGCUUUACUUGCUUUUUGUGAUCUGUGAAUGCAAAGACCAGCAUGCAGCGUUUAAUAAGGUCCAACCGAACGUGCUCUCUUCGAUUUAACACUUUGCCUGAAACUGAAAGUCAAGUUUUUGUCAUAUUUCCUGCACUUUAUAGUCUCAUUUUACCUCUUAGUCAUUAUUUCAGAACCAUUUAUCCGGUCACAGUCGGAGUAGUGACGUGUGUUGGGGAAAUUGAUCGUUCUGCGGAGGUCAUCGCUCGUGUGUGUGUGCGUCUCAAAGACAGCUGACAUUGAUUUUCUUCAGUUCUCGUGUAACGCGAGCAUGUGCCGUAGAUGAGAUGGUUAUUGUUCUGAUGGGUCGAGUAGAUGACCGGCAUUAACAGUGUUUUACAUGUUCAUGAAUUCUCUAACACCAUGUAGAGGGGAGGGAUACAGAAUUUAGACUGGACACUAAAGGAGUUUGUAAGCUUGUUUGUACCUCCCGGAGAUGAACUGAAAGAAGUAGUUCACUUUAAAAUAGACUUUUGCUGAUCAUUUUCUCUCCCCCAUGUAAUCCGAGA